CUUAAAAAAGGAUAGCCCCAGGCCUUAGCUUGUUCGCUGAAACUGUGGCCAUCGUCUAUCUUCUCCAUCAUUCUAGCUGCGUUGGAGAGCCAUCGUCUAUCUUCGUCUGUGUAGGAGAGCCCCCUCCGUAGGUCCAGGCGUCCAGCAGAGUCAUCGGGCCUCCUUCAGCAGUCGUCCGCCUGCCACUCUCAGCCGCAGCCAUCUCUGCACAGCACAUAACACUCCCCCCCCCUCCCAGUAGAGUCGCCGUACUCGUCUACACCUUCUCCGCACCUUGUUUACUCAAUAAAGCUUGUGCAGAAUACCUGUUUGUGCUAAUGUAUAUCACAUGGAUACGACAUAAGAUGAGUCUAGACGGUGUCUCUAAUUUGCACCAGAAAUUUAUACAAGGAAUACUUGACUUACCCGCACGGGUAGCUCAGUUGGUCGAGUGGUGGGAAAAAUUGGACGUAGACCAAGGUUCGAAUCCCGCAGCGGCCAAAAUGGGUUUUCAGAAUCUGAAAUAAGGCUGGCCCUCUGGUGCGCACGGAUAAAGGCUUACUGUCGCUUUGACGACUGAGUCACCGUGAUUUACUCCCCCACCAUCCUGUCGGGUCGGGGUGGGAGGGGCCCUUGGAUACACGGAUGUGUCCUUUUGGACGAGGAAUACUUGACUUGGAUACAACAAAACUGACUAAGUAUGAAAUCCUGUUCUGGGAGCUUUUCGUGGCCGACGAGGGCGUGGCCGACAAGGUCACCCAGUUCUUCUGGCUUCUGGAUCGAAUUCUGAGUAGACUUCUUUCUGGUCGAUGGAGGUCAUCUGGCCGACGGGGGUUCCACCAGGUGAUCGUGGUACCUUCUGUCAUGAGUAUGUGGGUACUGGGGUCCAGACCCAUAUACUCCAUCAGGAGUCCCCCACUCUCCGAGCUGAGAAGUAGACAAAGUGAGGGAGAGUAGAUUCCAUGGUUUUUGACGUUUUUCUGGCCGUUGUGACAUCGCUAUGGGGGUUUUCCUGUUCUGGCCGUUGUGUGGCCUUCAUUGUGGACGAAGAGUGUCCUACAUUGCUGUGUGGCCGUUGUGUGGCCUUUCGAUUUGAAUAGCUGAUGCGGGUGUUGUCGUUUUUUGGUUGUCGAUGGUUGCCUUUGAUGGACUGACCGAGGAGGCCUCACGCCUGUUUUGUGCUUAAGGCCGGAGCGGUGGUGUCUGUAGCUUGGUGUCCAUGCUUUGAAGACGAUGGUGGCACCGAUCUGUGGUAGUGCGUAUCCUGGUCUCAUGGACGAUGGUGACCUGAGGACGUUGAGCUCCUGUCUUUAUCUUUUUGGCCGAUAGUGGAGUACGUGAUCUGGAGGCCGUUGAAUGGCCUGUGAUCUCAAGCCGAUAGUGGAGAGAACUCUGUCUGUUGACUUUGUUGCGGCCGAAGGGGCUCCACAAGGUCAUGGACGUUGUGGUGCAUAUAUGUUCUGAUGUUGUAGUUGUGGACUUGGUAUAUUUUUGGAUUUCUUUGAUUUUGUCCUCUUAUAUCCCAGAGGCCGAUGUAGUCCCCCAGUCUCCCACUCCUUCAGGCUGAAGAGUGAGCGAGGGGUGAAGGAGUAAAGGAUAACCCUAGGCCGAAGCAGGAUCCUUGUAUUCCCCUAAUUCCAAUUCCUUGGCGAUUUCCUGACCAAGGUAAGCCUGUGGGAGAACCCUUGGACGCAGGUCGCUUUCAAGAAAUCAUCAUCAUGGUUUUAUACAAGGCCGAUGGCUGCGGGGUUGCUUUUUGCUUUGCUUUUGUGGCCGUUGGAGAGGCCAUGUUAUUGGUAUUCUGUUUUUGGCUGAUAUGGGUACACUUUGUGGUGACCUGGCAUUUUGAAAUUAAUGUUGGCCGUUGUGGCCGAUGUAGGUGUUAGAUGUCAGGCAACCGUUGAAGUAAGAUUGAUUUUCUCUGGUGAGGCCGUUGAGUGCCUUUGCCGUUUGUAAAUGUCAUUAGUCCGUGGGUUGAGCCGUUAGUGCUUCCUUUGAAGUGGGCUGACUGUCCCCGAAGUGGGCCUGACCUGUUUACGAAGCGGUGACACCUUCCUGGGCCUUGUUGUAAUACCCGAGAUUAAUUUAAGAGGAUUAAUAGUACUACUCAUACCAACAAAGGUGCAUCUCCUUUUAAGGGAGCUCAUCACCCAAGAACUCCAAAGUUAAGCGUGCUUGCACGAGAGUAGUCUUGGGAUGGGUGACCCCCUGGGAAGUUUCUCAGGGCGCGCAUGAGUGAGUACAAAGUGCGCGGUAAAGGCUCGUGGUGGUUUGUGAGGACAGUACUAUUGGUCUAAAGUAGCUACCUCAGGUCCUGCGAGGCCGGGGUGUUACAAAUGGUAUCAGAGCAACCCUGCGACAGUGUGUUGACCCGUUGGAUAUCGGGCGGGCACUUAGCGGGGCAAGAUUCUGGGGUUUGAUUGAGAUUGGUUUAAGGGCGCAACGAGGACGUUGCGAUCCUAAGUGGGGGUGAUUGUAAUACCCGAGAUUAAUUUAAGAGGAUUAAUAGUACUACUCAUACCAACAAAGGUGCAUCUCCUUUUAAGGGAGCUCAUCACCCAAGAACUCCAAAGUUAAGCGUGCUUGCACGGGAGUAGUCUUGGGAUGGGUGACCCCCUGGGAAGUUUCUCAGGGCGCGCAUGAGUGAGGACAAAGUGCGCGGUAAAGGCUCGUGGUGGUUUGUGAGGACAGUACUAUUGGUCUAAAGUAGCUACCUCAGGUCCUGCGAGGCCGGGGUGUUACACUUGUAGUGGUGACCGCUGGGGCGGCCACUGAUGGUGUGCCACGUGUAAUGACCGUUGGGGGGGAGGCCUAUAAAUACCCCCCUCCCUCCGAAGAAGCUCCCCAUUGCAUUCUUGAGAUAACGAAGUGCUGCCCAAUUCUAGAGAGAUAAAGGUUGUUCGCGUGUUCUUCAAAACUUCAAACGUUCAAAGGUCAGUUCAUCACACUUUCCUUCAUUUUUUACACAUUUUGCUUUCGUGGCCUUGGAUCUAGUGUUACUUAGUGAACCCUACUUAGAUCCAAAGUAGAACCUCGUAGGGCUUUAGUUGUUGUUGCAAUGAAGCCUUUGGACGAAAAGUACUACCCUUAUGACGAUGAGGUCUCCGCAAAGUCCCUCGAUUAUGGGUUGGUCGAAGAGUUCUGCGAGGAGAUCGAAGACCUGAGCUCAUUCAAAUCUGGGGAGCAGGAGGAGGAGGAGGGCCAAGACGAGGAGGCCGCAUCGUCAUCUGAAGGCGAGGACGUCGGGAUCUCCCGUGCUGUGGAAGGGGCGUCUACCUCGGCCACCAUUCCGUGCCCGAAGUCAGUGUCAGCUGUGAAAGGGAAGGCGCCGGUUAGGAGGACGCGUCGGCCGAAGAACGGCCCAUGCUUCUCCUAUUUGGACCUCACCAAUAUCUAUAUUAUCAUGCCGCAAAGUAACGCGUGUGAGUACCUGGUCGCCCAGAUGUAUGUGGGGCCGUUUGGGAGGGUUAGGGCGCCCAGGCCGACGGACCAUGUACUCAACCCUCCGGCGGGGUAUUUUGGAGUCUACCCGAUGAGCUUUGCGAAAGGACUGCGGUUCUCGCUUCAUCCUUUUAUUACCAAAUAUUUGGACAUGGUGGGUCUUCCUCCAGCUCUGCUGACGCCGAAUAGCUAUUCCUUGAUCGUCGGCUUCCUCCUCCGUUAUGCUGAGUUGGACUUUAGGCCGACGACGACGCUGUUUAUGAACCUGUACCAAAUAGGCCGAGGAAGCCACAAGAACUGUUCUUGCUAUGCCACCCUUCAACAGAUCCAUAGAAAGAGGUCGUUCACUGAUCUUCCUUCGUCCAUCCAUGGCUGGAAGAGCAAAUUUGUCUUUGUGUCGCUCGGUGAGGGGGGCACCGAAUUCCCUCUGUCGGCCAUAAUGGGAGGUUCAACCUUCAUGAUCCACCGAAGAGUUCAAUCUUGGACGCGCAGGUGGCGGCGUUCUUGAAAGGGGGGCCGAGGAGUGUGAAAGAGUACAUCACGGAGUACAAGAUGGUCGCCCUUGACUUCGUGAGGUAUUUUGUAUAUGGUGACAAGGAGGAUGAUGUAGCACUGUGGCCGAAGAUGACCACGACCUAUGAGGAGGCCGAUGGCCCUGAUCUGGGGGUGCCAGUUGAGGCCGAUGGUAAUGUCCUUCUGACGCCCUUCUGCUCACCGUUGGUUUAUCCCCUCAUUUGCUGUCCUUUAUGAAGAGGGCACAACUAAAGGCGUCUGAAGAUUUGAAAGCCCAGCAGGCCGUUAACUCGGCAGCCGAUGCGGGCCAACCUGCUACUGCCCCUUCACCGAAGCCUCCCGUUCAGCCGAAGAAAAAACGAACGGUCGAGGAGGGCCAGAAGAAGCUCACGGAGGCGGGCCUGAAGCCUACCAAGAAGUCGAAGAGGACUUCUUCUGGUGAUGAUGCCAGGGUGUUGACCGUUCCCUCUGGGGGAGAAGGCGGCUCUAAUGCUGAUGCGUUGGUGGAUCUUACUUUGGGUCCUUCGUCCACCGCUGUCUCCAACCUUCCCCUUGCCGCCGCAGCCCCCGGAAGAAGGGGUCCAGCCGAGAGUUGGUCAAGGGGACCUACAAGCUUGAGGUUGAAUACCCCGUUAAGGGUGGUUUGUUCAACGAUAUUGUUGAUGGCCAUGAGGUGAUCUCCCAGGCCAUUCCCGACGAGGACCGGGCUUAUCUGAAAAAGCUCGGUAAUGUCAAGAUAUACGACGGUGGGAUGGCCCACAUCGUCCAAGGUGCUUUAUGCUGAUGGAGAGCAAUAAAAGGCAGCAAAGGGAGAUCGCUCGGCUGAAGAAGAUCGAGGAGAAGGUGGCUUCGGCUGAUGAGGCUCUGGCCAGCUUGGAGAGGCUGCGGCUCGAGGUGGAGGGCCUGAAGAAAAAGGCGGAUGAGGCCGAUAUGCUCUCCGUUGAGAAGGAUGGGGCCCUUCAACGGUUGGUCGAUGCGGAGCGAGUUCGUGAUGAAGCCCUUCGUCGUGCCAAGGAGGCCGAGAAGGGUAAGGCCGAGGCGGAGUCGGCCCUGAGUGCUGCUGAGGAGAAGGCCGUUGAGGCCGCCGUGCAGAAGUUCCAUGAGGUCGGUUGGAAGGGCGAGGAUCGACUUCCUUGGUGUUUUGACGUCGUGGCGGCGAAGCUCCUCGACUGGGUCAACAAUUGCCCUGACAGCCAAGCAUACCGGGAGAAGGAGAUGAAGGUCUUCUAUGACCUCGACCAGUACAGGAUGCAACGGUUACUUUACCGGAGGCUUCAACGUCGGUUCCUGGACCUGGGUGUUACCAAGGAGUGGGCCGUCAGUCUGGACCUGCCUCCGAUGAUGAAGCAUCUUGAGGCCGAACUAGCGCUCCCUGCCGCGGAAAGGCAACUCCCCAUCGAUAGCUCCCAGGCCAGUGACGAUUGGGCUUAUGAGCCGAGCGUUUUUUAGGACACUGCUACGUCCGGAGCUGCUGCCGAUGGGGCCACUACUCAAGCCGAGGAGAAGGCCGGCGUUGAAGAAAACUUGGAGGCCCCACCGGAGCCAUGAUCCGUCACUGUCCUGUUUAUUUAAUUAGUUGAAAUGUUACGGCCAUGAAGCCCCCCUUUGUACCUUGUACUUAUGAAUGAAAAUAUGCUUGUCUCUUUCGACUGUAGUGUUUACGAUGUCCUCGUCUUGCCUUUCCUCUUGCUUUGUUAUUCUUCGAAAUUUUUCUAAGUGCUUAAGUCGAGACUUGGAUAGUCGUUUCCUGAAGUGAGCAUACUUCGUCCAUACUGAACGCCCCUUGCUUCGAACAGCACGUGUCUAACUGUAAGCGAUUGAGUGUCCGCUUCGUCUUAGCGUUCACCUUUCCUUUUAUUGUUCACACUUUUAAAUUUUUUCUAAGUGUCAAACUAGAACCCAGGAACUUGCUUCCUGUAGUUGUGGCCGAUGAAGGGUCUUGCCCUUCGCUCGGCUGAGGGGGGGGGGGGGGGAAUGUCUUCUUCGUCCUAGUAACGUUUGGUGUUUAGCUUAGAGUAUAGUUGCUUUGUUCGGUGUGGACGAUGGUGGUUGUUGGCUCUUUGUUUGGCCACCAUUCUGGGUGCUCCUUAGGAAUUCUUCCAAUCACUUGGAAAUUUUUCUAAGUGUUGGACAGACUUGGGUGGCUGCUUCUUUUAGGAGUGGCUGAUGACAGGCUUUGCCCUUGGGUCGGCUGAGUGAGUAUUCCCUGGAUUAUUUUAGUUACCUGUCGGCUAUCUUGUGCCCGCGUUGGUCAGAAAUAGAUACCUCAUGCCCUUGUCGGCCAAGGGAGUUUAUCUUGGAGAUUUUGUCCAAGUUUUUUUUUGCAUGAAUACUUUCGUCCAUGAUGUAUAGUGUCUGUCUGAUGAUGGAAGGGUUUGAUCUUGCGAAACUUGUGCGUGUAUGCUUCGUCCGCGCCAUUCCUUUAUUGGAAAUGGGUGGUUAACUUUGUACGCCUUAGUGUCUCCAUCGGCUUGUGUACCUUCUUCUGUCAUCCCUCCAUACUUAGGAAAUAUACUAAGUGUUGAGUGGUCGUGUACUCACUUCACCUUGUUGUGGCCGGUGAGGGUGAUGACCUCUUUUUUGCUCAUCCGGGUGCUACUUGGGAUUUUUCCAAGUGCCUCUGUGAUGGUUUGUAGGUGCAUGCUUCGUCCAAGGGUCGCCUGGGGCUAGGCUUGAAUUGGUGGUAUUGAGUUUACAUUUCGCGUUUCAACUGAUAUGUGCUUAGUUAAUUUUGGGGAUUUUAUUUUUAUUGCUCGUGGCCGGCGAGUGCACGGUCCAUCGGCCUCCCUCUUUUGUUUUUUUGGGGAUAUCGCUUUAGGCCGGCAAGUGCUUGGUCCCUCUUUUGUUUUGGGGGAUAUCGCUUUAGGCCGGCAAGUGCUCGGUCCCUCGGUUGUCCCUCUUUUGUUUUUGGGGAUAUCGCUUUAGGUCGGCAAGUGCACGGUCCUUCGGCUGUCCCUCUUUUAUAUUCUUCCUCUUUGCUUCUUUGAGCGAGGAGUGAGUAUCCUUCUUUCAGGCUCCGGCCGAGGGGGUCGAUAGUCCUUCGGGCGGUAAGGAGUCCUACCGGAUCGUCCCAUGGUCUCAGGGGGGGGUCCCGUCGCCUAUUUAUGACGCGGGCUAAGGCUUUUGGUCGGUUACCGACAGUUGCCGUAUCUCAUCCCUGAGUUGGGGGAUUUUUGUCACCUCGGCCAUGAUUUCAGACCUGUCAUCCUGCGAUUUCGUGAGUGGACGACACGGUGAGCUUCCCAUUUAAAGACGUGGGCUCUUUGCGGGAUCCUUCGUCCUGGGGACACCGUCGACUUACCUGAGCGGCUCGCUCUAAGGGGCCGAAACGAUGUGCUCUGUCGACCUUUCCUGAGCAUUUUCGCUCUGAGGGGUCGAUGUAAUAUAGUAUCUUUUCCUUGAACUUUUUAGAAAAGUAAGUAGAACUCAACUUUUAUUGAUAAGUGGCUCGAGGCCGUGGGUGGCAUUCGAUCAACAACCCGUGGGAAGGUGAGGGCUUUGCCGGCUGCGCCGUCCCCGAAUUAUUGAUAGAAUUUCACCAAGUGGUGUACAUUCCACGUUCGUGGUACAUUAGACCCGUUCGGGUGUUUUAGUUUGUAGGUGCCGGCCUUCGUACUUGAGUGCCAGUUUGCCACCUUCCGUCGGUUUACUCGUCUCCCUUCGGCGAAGGACAUAGUUCCCCACUUGGAAUUCCCGGGAACGUACCUUGGCGUCAUAGUAUGAUUUCACCUGACGCUGGUAGUUUUCUGCCCGGAUGAAGGCUUGCUCUCGUCGUUCUUCGAUCAGGUGGAGGUCAAUCUUCAUGUUUCCUUCGUUGGCCUCAGGUUCGUACUGCUCCACCCGUCGGCUGGGUAUAGUGACCUCUAUUGGUGCCUUUGCCUCGAAGCCAUAACAAAGGGCAAAGGGGGUUUCGCCCGUCGCCCUCCUCGGCGUUGUACGGUAGCACCACAUGAUGUUGGGGAGUUCAUCGGCCCAGCUACCUCCUGCGUCUUGGAGCUUCUUCUUCAGGCCCUCCAGAAUGGUUCUAUUGGCAUUCUCGACCUGCCCGUUACCUUGAGGAUAGGCAACGGAGGAGAAACGGUGCUUGAUCCCCCACUCCUGGAGGAGCUCUUGGAAGGGUGCGGCCUCGAAGCGGGUAAGGAUAUUCUUGUGGACGAACCUCUGGCAUCUGACCCCUGUAAUGCUGGCCAAAGGUUCUACUUCGACCCACUUGGUGAAGUAGUACACGGCGACGAUGAUGUAGCGGUUGUUGCCAGCGGCCCUCGACAAGGGGCCGACCAGGUCAAUCCCCCAUCUUGAGAAUGGAAUCGUGGUGCUGACCGGGGCGUAGUUGACGGCUGGCCGACCAGGGGCUCUCUGAAGGACCUGGCAUGCAAUACAUUUCCUUGCAAGAUUGGCACAAUCCCGCGCCAUCGUCGGCCAGAAAUAGCCCUAGACGACGAGACGUCGGGACAUGCUGAAAGGGCCCUGAUGUGAGGAGCAGACACCGCAGUGGACUUCCUCCAUGGCCACUUCGGCCUCGUCUGGGUGUAGGCAUCGGAGGAGAGUGCUGUUGUAAGAUCUUUUGUAGAGUUUCCCAUCCUCGAUGGUGUAGCUUGGGGCUCUGAGUUUGGUUAGCUUGGCUCUCUCCUCGUCCUGGGGCAGCUCUCCCGAGGUGAUGAAGGUUGUGAUGUCUGUGAUCCAGUCCUCCGGCCGAUGUUGAAUGCACAUGACCGGGCUAACAUGGAUGCUGGGCAUGCUUAGCUCCUCGACCUUGGCUAUCUUGGAGAUGUGCUCUGGAGUGUCUGUGCUGAGCUUGGAGAGGAUGUCGGCCUCAGCAUUCUCCGCCCUUGGGAUCUGGGUGAUCUCAUGGGUUUCACAUGCCUUGAGCAGCUCCUCGGCCGCCUGUUUGUAUUGUCUCAUCCUCCCCUCUUUGGACUCGUAUGAGCCCUCGACCUGGCCUACGACCAGCUUGGAGGCCGACGGCGAGUCUGAGGCCGCUGAGAAGGGCCUUAUACUCGGCUUCGUUGUUAGAUACCCUGAAGUUGAAGCGGAUGGCAUAAUAGGCUCUGAAUCCUUCAAAGGAAAUGAGGACGACGACGCCUCCACAUGCUUUUGCGGCCGAUGAACCGUCAGUGAAGAGAGUCCAUGCUUCGUCUGGCUCUGGCCCGGGUGUGGCAGCGGCCGUCUCUCUGGCUGUGCACUCGGUGAAUAAAUCGGCCAAGGCCUGCCCCUUGAUGGAUGGCCUCGGCUUAAUUUCGAUCUGGAAUUGGCAGAGGAAGAUUUCCCAUUUCACCAUUCGUGAGGAACUGGUUGGGCUUCGCAAGAGUGCGCCAAGGGGUUAUUGAGUUAAGACGUGUACGACAUGGGCCUGGAAGUAGUACCCUAGUUUUUUCACUGUGUGGACGAUGGCCAGUACCGUCUUCUCAAUGGGGGAGUACCUGAGCUCGGCCUCCCGUAACGUCUUGCUUACGUAGAAAAUUGCCUUCUGUACCCCCUCAUCCUCGUGGAUGAGCACGGAGCUUAUGGCCGACGUGCUCACCUUCAAGUAUAAGAAGAGGGUUUCACCGGCUUUGAGUUUAGAGAGCACGGGGGGGACGACAGGUACCGCUUCAGUUCCUCAAACGCCUGUUGGCACUCCGUCAUCCAUCUGAAGCCAUUUGCCUUGCGCAUGAUCUGAAAGAAAGGGAGAGACCUUUCAGCCGAUUUUGAGAGGAAACGGUUCAGGGCCGCAAGGCGUCCCGUCAGCCAUUGUACCUCCUUCACGUUUUUUGGCGGCUCCAUGUUGACAAUGGCCUGUAUCUUCUCCAGAUUGAUUUCAAUGCCCCUUCGGCUGACCAUGUAGCCGAGGAACUUGCCACCUUGGACGCCGAAGGUGCACUUCUUCGGGUUCAGGCGGAGCUGGAACUUCUUCAUGAUUUCCAAAAUCUCCCGGAGAUCGUCAACAUGAGUUGUAGAUUGCUUGCUCUUGACGAUCAUGUCGUCGACAUAUGCCUCCAUCAUCCGGUCGAGGACUGCUCUGAAGACCUUGGCUACCAUCCUGGUAUAUGUGGCACCUGAGUUCUUGAGCCCAAAGGCCAUGACGAGGUAGCAGAAAAUUCUCUCCGGGGUCAUGAAGGUCGUCUUCUCGGCGUCAUCUUCACGCAUAAAUAUCUGGUGGUACCCCCUGAAGGCGUCAAGGAACGACAUCAACUCGCACCCCACCGUCUCGUCCACCAAUCGAUCAAUGUUGGGGAGAGGGAACAGGUCCAUGGGGCAUGCCUUGUUCAACUCAGUGUAAUCAACGCACAUGCUAAACGUCGGCGGCUUCUGGGUAAGGACGAUGAUGGCCAACCAGGUGGGGUACUUCACUUCUUUGAUGUGGUUGAUUGAGAGGAGCAUGGUAACGUCCCCCCUGACAAAGUCUCCCCUAUCAGCCGAGAGGUAGCGCCGCUUCUGCUUGAUUGGCGUGAAGGCGGGGUCGACUGACAGCCGGUGAGUAAUCACCUUUCGGCUGAUGCCAGGCAUAUCGCCUGCCCCCCACGCGAAAAUGAUUGCGUAUGACCGCAGGACGUUGAGGAUACCGUCGCGUUGAUCCUGUGGGAGUUGUUUCCCUAUUUUUAGGACCCGCUCCGGCCGGGAGGUAUCUAGGGGGACCUCCUCAACCUCUUCGGCUAGCUCGGCGUGUGGUCUUUCUUCAUCUUUGGUGAUGGUGGCGGUGAUGGUGUCUAUUCUCUGCCCGGUGCUGGCUACCGGCUUCGUCAGUUUCAGGUAGCAUGCCCGGGCUAUCUUCCGGUUCCCCCGGGCGUAGGCGAUACCGCCGCUGGUAGGGAACUUUAGGCACAGGUGCUUCAUGGAGAUGAUGGCCUCCAGAUCCUAUAGUGCUGGGAGCCCCCAUAUCAGGUUGUGGGCGCACUCAAGGUUGACCACCAUGAACUGCAUGUCGAUCUUGGUGCGAUGGGAGCCGACGCCGACCUCCACGGGGAGGACUAUCGUGCCUUCGGCGUCGAUAGAGUCCCCGGCGAAGCCGGACAACGAUGACCGUAUCGGCUUGAGCAGCGCUUUGUCCAGCUUUACUUGCCUGAAGGUGUCAAGGUUCAUGACGUUGACGGAGCUCCCCGUAUCGAUGUAGGUGCGGUGGAUGAUAGAGUCACCUAUCUCACACCGGAUGACGAGGGCGUCCCUGUGUGACGCGGGUCCCGGAGGCAGAUCCUUGUCGGUGAAGGUGAUCGCCUCCGUCCGUUGCUUCUUCGGCUGGGGGAGCGUGGGAAACUUCCCUAAUGUAAAGGGAUUGGGCCCAUUUCUUCCUUUGGGUGGCUGAGUUCCCCUUGUAUUACCCCCCACGAUGAGGUUGAUGUGGUUCCUCUUCGGGUGGGGCUCUUCAAAGUCUUCCUCGUCAUCGCUGAGCCUGCCGAUCUCUCGCUUCUUCGUAGAGGGUUCACCCCAAGCUUGCCGGUGUGUACCCACGUGGGCCACCUUUAACAAACUGGGAGAGUUCCCCCUGGCGAAUCAGCUUUUCGAUGGCUCGCUUCAGCGUGACGCAGUCGUCUAUGUUGUGGGAGGUGUUCCUGUGAUAACGGCAGUAGGUGCCGCCCUGAUGGACGGCGUAGAUCUCCUUGGCCGACCGAGGAUCUCGUUCAAUGAGAUCGUGCUCCUCGGCGUAAUCGAGGAUGGAGCUAACCGAAUGAGUGAGUGGGAUCUUCGGUCUUUCCAUCCUCGGCCGCCAUACGCGGUCUUUGUUCUUUCCUCCAGCUCUGUGGCGGCCUUGUCCUCCCUGACCUCGGUCCCCGGCCGGUGGUGCACCCUGGGAUGGCGUGGCGUUCAUCUUCUUGGAGGGGUGUCCUCCGUCCUUCUUGUGGUUGUGGAGCUCAUCGGCGUCAGCGUACAAAUUCCUUCGCUGGAGCGCCUUUAUGUAGGACCUCAGCGGGUCAGUGAUGAGACUCCUCGCAUAUGGGGUGCUGCGGAGGGCGCCCUGAAACAGGACCAAGAGGGUGCGCUCAUCGGCCCCCUCAACCUCAUCGGUCUCUCUCAUCCAUUGGUCGAUGAAUGACCGGAGUGACUCGUCAUGCUGAUGUUUGACGAAGAGAAGAUGGGUGAAAUACUUCUUCGCGCGCUUUCUUCCGGCAAAGUGAGUGAGGAAGCGAUGGGCAAGGUCUUGCCAUGAGUCUAUGCUCCCUUCGGGGAGCGCGUUGAACCACUCAUACGUUGGCCCUUCAAGAGUAGAAAGGAACCAGCGGCAGAGGUAUUCAUCUGACGCGUUCACCAUCAGCAUAUUGUUCUGGUAGCGGCUGAAGUGCUCCUGGGGUCGGAGCGGCCGUCAUAGGGCUUGAUGGUGUUUCCCGGUACUUCUCGAGGAUGAGGGACGAGAGUACCCUGGCAGUGAAGGGAGUCCUCGUCCUGACUUGGACGAUGGGGUCUCCUCGUCCUUCGGCCAACUCCCUCUCAAGGAUGGUGACCUUGUUCAGAAGGGCGUUGAAGCCGGGAUCCCUGGAUGAGUUUCCCGCGGGGGUGGCGGCCAGCUGUUUGGCCUCCAUCUGAGCGAGCCUUCGCUCGAGUUGGGUGAUUUACCUCGUCCUUGGGGUCCUUGGCCGCCAUGGUGGCGCCCUGCGUCUGCAAGCGGGCUGCGUGAGCCGUGUUGAUUUGGUGGCGUGCGUCACCCUCGUGCAGCUUACCAUUGCUUUUGUCCAGGCGGGGUCGAUCCGCUGUCCGGGAUACGGACCCCAAGCUUUCCCUUGAUGAGCCAGGCUCACGUUCACCAAUCCGUCCCGCCAUCCUCUCCGAAGCAGGACGACGGCGCGUGUCUCCUAGCCUAUUAAUGGCUGAGGCUUUUCCACGCGUUGGGGCUAAUCCAGCUCGAAGUGGGGAAGCAGGGUGGGAGUGGGAUGACGAAGUGUCCUGGGCCACCACCCCUUCGUCGUUGCCUAGUUUGACGGUCAACGGCUGGGGCUGAGGAGGCGAUGUAGUGUUCUCCCCAGUCCUCGGCAUGAGUGCACUGAGGACGUUGGGGUUCUGGGCCAGGCUGGCGAUGAUGGCCGAGAGUGCGGCCUGGAGCUGGGGGUCAACGGCAGGAGAGGCCGGUUGCCCGGAGACGUUGUCGCCCCUUUUUGCGCACUUUUUGUCCAAGCUGUUGUGGGCGUCUGGGGCGCCGCCGUUGAGCUUGUUGCGCAGGUCAGUGGUGAGACCGAUGGCUUCCUGGAAGACAUCCUCGGCGGGAGCCUUGUCGGCCGUAGCGUCCUCCUCGUGUUCUCGGUUCUCUUGGGCCUCAGGGAUGGCCUUGUCGAGGAGGUUGCGGUUAGACUUGGUUCUUCCCAUUAUCAGUUAGAUGUGCUUGGUGGUGACGGAGGAGGCUAACUUGAUUGUUCUAGUUCUCAAUGAAAGCACCAAAUGAUGGAGUAUUAACUCCUAGAGAGAAGUGAGAGCUUGAGAGAGAAGUGCUAUAAUUGCUUUGUAUGAAUGAUUUUUGUGAACCCCCACACCUACUCUCAAAGGGAGUAUUUAUAGAGAAAAUGUGGGCUGGGCUCCCAAGUCUUGGACUUGGGAGGCCCAUCUGCAACUGGACCGCUACUGGGCCGAAUACAAGAUAUGCAAAACUGACUAAGUAUGAAAUCCUGUUCUGAGAGCUUUUCGUGGCCAACGAGGGCGUGGCCGACAAGGUCACCCAGUUCUUCUGGCUUCUGGAUCGAAUUCUGAGUAGACUUCUUUCUGGUCGAUGGAGGUCAUCAGUCCGACGGGGGUCCCAGCAGGUGAUCGUGGUACCUUCUGUCCUGAGUAUGUGGGUACUGGGGUCCAGACUCAUAUGCUCCAUCACCCCUCUUGUUAUUGUGAUAUCAGGAUGAUAAUGUCCCCUUUGCUAAUUCUCUACUUAAGAUAGUUGAGUUCAUUUUCCCUAGAUUGUCUUUGGAGAAUGUCAUGGCUAGAGUUUUGCUCAGAAUUGGUUUGAUAUUCACCGGAUUUAGUUAUGGAUUUACGAUUUAUGUUUGUUAUGUUAUUAUUAUUAUUUUUUACUAAUGUUUGUUAUGUUAUAUGUAUUUAACAUGAAAAAUGUAAAUUAUAACAAAAGUAUGUAUUUCUACAAACUACAUUUAAUUUUAAUGUCAUCUUUAUGUGUUUUAUGUUUUAUGUUUACUGGAGGACCAAGAAAUGAGCCUUUGUGUAGUGAUGA